AAGACGAGCAAGACGAGCAAGACGAAUAAACCACAUGACAAGCCACGCUGGCCGUGCACCCCCCUCUUUCUCAAUCGUGUGCCAAGGCCUGCAGAUUUAGUCGCUGCCUGCCUCUGGAUGAUGUCAUGUGCUGCUGUAGUGUGUGCGGUUACCGACUGGCUCGACUGCCGUGUUUACGGGUCAGGCCACGUGGUAAACGUAUGACCAGACUGAGCUGUGUGUGUAUGUGUGUGUGCGUGUGUGUGUGUGCGCGCGUGUGUGUGUGUGCGUGUGUGUGUGUGUGCGUGUGUGUGUCUAAUUAUUAUUGGAACGACCGUACGUGCGUUGUUGGCUCGCGAUGAACUAGAGUAAGCGCUGUAUCAAAAAAGUAGAAUCUACGGUUCUAACU